CAGCCUUUUUGCUCAUGAUCCUCAUGCUGAGAGCCUCCCUAUUAGAAAUGCCCACAUUCCAUGGCUGGACUUUGGAAGUAUUGGUGCGGCAGCAAUGCCAGAAGUUAACCCUGCCCACUGGGCAGUGAAAAGGCCAGAAGUUUAUACCCCACGAACAGCCAGCAUUGGAGUAGGUACAGAAACUGAACCCAACCAAGGAUGGAACUGGGAGAAAAAAUGCUGGAGUUUGUCAUCACAGACUUGUGACUCUGCAGCUGUAGGAUAUGAGCCAGCAGACGUUGAAACUGAUGACACUGUGCUGAAGAGACGACAGAAGCAGAUCGAUUACGGGAAGAACACACCUGCCUAUCCAAGAUAUCAGCAAGAAGUUCAGAAGAGACUCCGAGUGCCAGGAAUACACCCACAGACUCCUAAUAAGUACAAGAAGUACAGCCGCCGCUCCUGGGAUAAGCAGAUCCGACUAUGGAGGAAGGCGCUUCAUACUUGGGACCCACCAUUUGAGCAAGAGGACAGCCUGAAAUCAGUACCUGGCAUGGGUAUAUGGACUCCGCUCCAUGGCAUGAACAUGACCAAGAGACCAUUUGAACAAUGGUUUGGUCCCCUGGGGUAUGCGAGCCUAAAUGCAAGGCAUACUUUGCCAUCGGUGCCAGAUGACCAAGGUUCUCGCCAAUCAUGCCAAUUUGGCUCGUCCCAAAAUGGAGACGAGGAUCCCUUUGAACUGCUCAGGUACUUGAGGGGAGGCCAUGGUAAACACUGGACACAAUGAUAAAGUACAUCGAAUACUUUCCUGACAGAACGGACUUCAGUCCGGACCAUAGAGGAAGGGUUUGCUUUAUGCAGAGUAAAAGGAUGAGAUAUGAUUUUGGUUUGUGAAUUUUGUAUCUGGUUAGUCCAGUGAUUUUUUUUCUAAAAGAUUCAGCAGUUUCUCUUGGCUGUCGAGAUCUACAGCUUAGAUAAUGUGGUGGGGCAGAAUGGAGAGAAUAACUUCUUGAUGUUUACAGCAUUCUACAGGGGAAUGCCCAAGU